AUGCCCCUCCGUUCGUCUCCCCUGAAACUCUCUCACCGCCGCCCCUCUAUGGACGACCCUCCUAUCUCGCCUAGAGAGGUGCCCAAUGGCUUUCCACCGAGCCCUGUAUUGCCUGCAACCCCACGAAUAUCGGCACCAUCGUCCCCAUUAACGCUUCGUCAAAAUACAUUUACUAUGAGCGGGUCUCAGCGGGAGUCGGUAGACUUUUCAGCUGACUCGGGUGGAGGUGGCCUGGGAAACUUGGCUGAUGAGUUGGCUGAUGCCUGGGAUGAGGAUGAGGGCUAUGGCUACGCAUCAGGACAGGAUAAGAGCCCCGCAGGGUCUCAGCGAAUGGAUCACAGCGAUAAUGAAGAAUACCUACUCUCGGUUCACAACAUGCGGUCUCAGUCACCAUCACAGGACUCGCCAACCAGGAACAGGUUGCGAGCAAACCAGAUUCGACAGCAGCGUCGACAGGAAGGACGAUAUGACGGCUCUGACUAUGGGAAUGACUCCGAUCUAGACGAGGUGACGGAUAUUCCACCUGGAUUAGAGAGCCAGAUGGCUGAUAUCGAGAGUCUUGUACGGCGGGGCAUAGAGAACAACGGCAGCGAGCAUGAUCAUGUUAUCCAGCGGACUGUCGAGUCCCUCCGGGAUCUGGGCGGACAAAGUGGAAUUGAGAACAGUGCCACGCGGCUUAUCACUGCCCACUCCUCUAUCACAUCCCACCUCACCCACCAAACACGCACUCUCCAGUCUCUCAUCCAUCCACUCCUCUUCUCCCCGUUCCCUCUCCUCUCAGAAGAAGAUAUUGACUCCCUUGUACCUCUAAUUGACGAGGAACUCUUGCCAAGUCUUCCAUAUCCAUUCCCUGAGCAAUCUCGCAGCUCAAGACCAUCAACCCCAUCACAAGCCUCAAGCUCAAACCCACUUGUAUCCCUCCAAGCUCUCAUCUCCCAAACAUCUGAAAUCACCCACUCACUCCGCGGCCUGAGCGACACCCUAUAUGAGUCCCGCCAAUUGACCUCCACAGCAUCACGUCGUCUCCGAUCCGCUCGUGAACUCGUCGCCGAAAUCAGGCGCGAAGAAGAAUCCCGCGAGGAAGGCUCACGGUGGAUUGAGAUCGGCGAGUGGGACCGCCGAUUGAAAGAUCGUGAAGCCGGCAAAGAGUGCGGGGACGUCGUGCGCGGGUUUGAGGCUGUGUGUGGCGAGUGGCGCGAAAAGCUAUUCGGAACAAACGCCGAGGUGGCUGCUGCUUAA